AUGGAGUCAAUCUUCACUCUUUUGCAUGUGGUUAUGGCCAUCAUUAAUUUUUCCAAAGCUAACGAGACUAUUUGUAGCCUGCAGGGAGAGCCUGCAUAUCCACAGCUAUGGAAGAAUGGAGAUAUAAUAGUUGGAGCAAUUUUCCCCUUUCAUAGUGGAUGGGAGUUUACAGACACGUCCUAUUCGAUCGUGCCACCUCCACUAAAGUGCAUAAGUCUGGAUUUCAGAGCCUUCCAGUAUGCACAAGCUCUCAUUUUUGCAAUUGAGGAGAUCAACAACAGUUCGUCGAUACUGCCUGGAGUCUCGUUGGGUUACAAGAUCUACGACACCUGUAGUUCCACGGCAAUGGGUGUUAAAGCAGCAUUGACACUUCUGAAUGGAAAUGAGGACCUGGUUUCUGAUGUUCCAUGCACAAAACCAGCUCAAGCACAAGCCAUCAUAGGAGAAGCAUACUCAUCUGUAUCCAUGGCUAUAGCAAAGAGUAUCGGACCCUUCAGCAUGCCCUUAAUCAGUCACUAUUCUACCUGUGAGUGUCUCAGUGACAAGAGCAAAUAUCCCUCAUUUCUGCGCACUAUUCCCAGUGAUUACCAUCAGAGCAGAGCACUGGCAGAGAUGGUCAAGCACUUUAACUGGACCUGGGUUGGAGCAAUAAGACGAGAUGAUGACUAUGGUAACAUCGGAAUGGCUGCAUUCACCAAAGAGGCUGAGCAGUUGGGAAUAUGUUUGGAAUAUUCUCUUCCAUUUUUCAGAACCUACUCACAAGAAAAAGUGAUGAGAAUUGUUGAAACAAUCAAAAGCUCCACUUCUCGAGUAAUAGUGGGAUUUCUUGCUCAUUGGGACCUGGAGAUUUUACUACAUGUAUUUGCUGAACACAACAUCACUGGAUACCAGUGGGUCGGAACUGAAGGCUGGAUCUCUGAUUCAGUGCUGGCCGCACUUGACAAGCACAACAUACUGCAAGGAGCCAUAGGCCUGGCUAUUCCCCAAACAAAAGUCACAGGUCUGAAGGACUUUAUUCUAGAUGUAAAACCACUCGAAUCUGUAGGCAGUGCCAUUUUUACUAAAUUCUGGGAAGCUCUGUUUAGGUGUACAUACACAGAGCAGAAUGAUUCGAAUGACUUACGAGUGUGUACAGGUGAAGAGAAAAUGGAGGAGAUGGAUAACUCCUUUACUGACAUGACCCAAUUUCCCAUUAUUAGUAAUGUGUAUAAAGGAGUUUAUGCUAUUGCCCAUACGCUGCACAGCCUUCUGGGCUGUCAAAUAACAUGUCCCAUGAUAAAGCAGCCUGACCCUCUCACAUUUUUGGAGAACCUAAAAAGGGUACGCUUCAAGACCAAAGAUGAUGAAUUUGUUUAUUUUGAUAAAAAUGGUGAUCCUGCUGGCAAGUAUGACAUAAUAAACUGGCAAAUGGGCAAAACACACCAGCAUGAAUUUGUUACCGUUGGACUUUACGAUUCCUCUUUUCCUGCUCAAAGUCGUUUGGCGGUAGAUCUGGCCUCUAUUGUGUGGGCCGAAAAUUCCAACCAGGUGCCAAAAUCUGUGUGCAGUGAGAGCUGUCAGCCUGGAACGAGAAAGGCUACACAGAAAGGAAAACCGAUCUGCUGCUUCGACUGCAUUCCGUGUGCUGCAGGAGAGAUCAGUAAUAUGACUGAUUCUGUUGAAUGUGAGCAGUGCCAGCAAGAUUACUGGUCAAAUCCAAACAAGGAUGAAUGUGUACAAAAGGAAAUUGAGUAUCUAUCUUAUGAGGAAACUAUGGGGAUUUUGCUCACUGUGGUUUCCAUUGUUGGAGCUUUUAUAACACUGGUGAUAGCGGUCAUCUUCUUUAGAUAUAAAAAUACCCCCAUAGUCAGGGCCAACAACUCUGAGCUGAGCUUCCUGCUGCUCUUCUCUCUGACUCUGUGUUUCCUCUGUUCACUUACUUUCAUCGGUCAGCCUUCUGAUUGGUCGUGCAUGCUGCGCCACACAGCGUUCGGGAUCAUCUUCGUCCUCUGCAUCUCCUGUGUUCUGGGUAAAACAAUAGUGGUGUUGAUGGCGUUCAGAGCGACACUUCCGGGCAGUAACAUCAUGAAAUGGUUUGGGCCUCCACAGCAGAGACUCAGUGUUCUUGCUUUUACUUUAAUACAGGUCAUUAUUUGUGUUCUUUGGUUAACAAUUUCACCUCCUUUUCCCUUUAAAAAUCUAAAGCACUACAAAGAAAAGAUCAUUCUGGAAUGUCAUUUGGGCUCGACCGUGGGUUUCUGGGCUGUUCUUGGUUAUAUCGGAAUUUUGGCUCUUCUGUGUUUUGUUUUGGCUUUUCUGGCUCGGAAGCUGCCUGAUAAUUUUAAUGAAGCUAAAUUUAUCACCUUCAGCAUGUUGAUAUUCUGUGCAGUUUGGAUCACUUUUAUUCCAGCGUAUGUCAGUUCACCUGGUAAAUUUACUGUAGCUGUGGAGAUUUUUGCUAUUCUGGCCUCAAGUUUUGGUUUGCUGUUCUGUAUUUUUCUUCCAAAGUGUUACAUAAUCAUAUUAAAACCAGAAAAGAACACUAAAAAGCAAAUGAUGGGAAAAUAA